AUGACCCAGGCUCUCCUUACAGUUGCCUGGUGCAGGUCCCUCGCUCCUCUGACCUGCACUGUGGCACCUGCACAGCCUGCCCUAGGCCAGGCAACCUUUGGCUGCUGGGACCUCCGGGCCUUUUGGGUUCAGACCAGUCCCAAAAAGGAAGGUGAUCUAGCGUUUGGAAUUAGGCAUUGCCAGAUAACCCCAGUAGCUCCCUCAGGGAACCCAGCCUCUUCCUACAGCUGCCGUGUUUCCAGUGCUGGCUCCCCGGACCUGCACAGCUCCCGCCUGCACAGUACACACCCCAUCGGCCCACCCAGGGCAGCUGGGGCCCUCCAGACCUGUGGAGCGCAGCCAGGUCCCAAACCACCCGCACUCCCUCCUGUGUGGAGGGAUCCCACCACCCGAACAUCUUUCAGAGAUGCACUCUGCAUUCCAUUUAAUGCCCAUGCCUUCAGGUUUACUAUAUGUCAACAGAUCUCAGCCAAUACUCUUAUUUCUGAUGUUCAAGUUGUCUCAGCUUUGCCGGCUCGCGGUGGUGCGCGCGGCAGCGGCUGCGGCGGCGGGUGGCAGGUCCGGUGGGCGCGAGGCGGCGGCGGCGGCGGCAGCCCGAGCCCGGCCCAGCCUCAUCCCACCCGGCCCACCCAGCACCCCCCAGCACCGCCCCCUGCCAGCCCGGUCCCGGCCCGGCGCCUCCCAAAGGAGCGGCGCCGCCGGCCGAGCGCAGGCCGGGCCACGACCGACUUCAAACUGGGCAUCGUGAGGCUCGGCCGGGUGGCCAGGAAGGCCCGGAUGGAAGUAGAUGCAGAUAGAAAUGGUGCUAAGAUAUUUGCAUAUGCCUUUGACAAAAACCGAGGAAGAGGGUCAGGAAGGCUCCUUCACGAGCUGCUGUGGGAGCGGCACAGGGGAGGCAUUGCUCCGGGGUUUCAGGUGGUGCACCUCAAUGCUGUGACUGUGGACAACCGCCUGGACAACCUACAGCUGGUGCCAUGGGGCUGGUGGCCCAAAGCUGAAGAGACAUCCAGCAAACAAAGGGAGCAAAGCUUAUACUGGCUGGCGAUCCAGCAGCUUCCCACGGACCCCAUAGAGGAG